GGCAGCUCAUUUCUUGCAGAGACUUCGUGCCGUAAAGAUCGAGCUGGAAAGAAGAAGCUAGUCCAAAAAGAAAGUAAUCGAUAACCGAGAUAAAUACAACUGCGUGCCCUACCAUUUUUUUGCUGUGCAAAGUGCAGUUCCUUGCGCGUGAAACACAUCCGAGAAAUACAAUAACCACCGGUUCGCGCAAGUGCGGCAAAGUGCAAGUGCAAGAGACGCUGAAAGAGCGCUUCGAACAGCGAAGAGAGAGUCCACAUACAGAGACACACCAAAAGAAACGGGAAAGAAAGUUCCGCCGCCUUUAUCAACAAGAUGACGACCAAAAUGGCAAUCAACGCUAAGGAUAUUUUCCGCAACCAGCACCGCCUGAUCCGCUUCAUCGCCCAGUCUAUCCGGCUGUGCAGCAACCAGUCCCUGAAGGCGGCCCAGGCUGCCCAGCUGCAGCAGCAAGAGAAGUCGUCGGCGGACUUCCAGAUCACCGCCUCGGUGGAUGCGCAGUACACCAGUGCCCCGGAGCCCAUUAAGCACGACAAGAAUCUGGGCCAGCAGUUCCGCGCCUCCCAGCUCUCCGUUCGACUGGCCGCCCCGGAGCAGCUGCAGCCCAAGCCCGACAACGACGAGGAGCUGGGCUUCGGACGCCUCUUCACCGACCACAUGCUCAAGAUCUACUACCACAAGAGCCUGGGAGGAUGGCAGAGGCCGGAGAUCACGCCGCUGGAGAACCUGGUCAUGCACCCAGCCGCCAAGGUCCUGCACUACGCCGUUGAGCUCUUCGAGGGCAUGAAGGCGUACCGGGGCGUCGACGGCAAGAUCCGCAUGUUCCGGCCGGACAUGAACAUGAACCGCAUGAACCUGGCUGCCCAGCGCUCCGGCCUGCCCACCUUCGAGGGCAAGGAGUUCGUCCAGUGCAUGGCCCGCCUGCUGUCCAUCGACUCCGAGUGGGUGCCCCACGCCGACACCGCCAGCCUGUACAUCCGCCCCACACUGAUCGGCAUUGAUCCCACGCUGGGAGUGGCCUCCUCGGACUCGGCCCUGCUCUACACGAUCCUCAGCCCAGUGGGCAGUUACUUCAAGACGGGCUCCAACGGAGCCGUUUCCCUCCUGGCCGAUCCGAGUCAUGUGCGUGCCUGGCCCGGCGGCGUGGGCAACCGGAAGAUGGGCUCCAACUAUGCACCCACCAUCAAUGUGCAGAAGGAGGCGGCGGCCAAGGGACUGCAGCAGGUGCUGUGGCUCUACGGCGAGGACCACCAGCUGACCGAAGUGGGCACCAUGAACAUCUUCAUGUUCUACGUGAACGAACGGGGAGAACAAGAACUGGUUACCCCGCCGCUGAGUGGCCUCAUCCUGCCCGGCAUCACCCGCGACUCCAUCCUGAGCAUGACCCGGCAGUGGGGCAAGUUCAAGGUGACCGAGGCGAACAUCACCAUGCCGCAGGUCUGCGAGCUCCUCAACCAGGGAAGGCUCCUGGAGAUCUUCGGCGCGGGAACGGCGUGCGUGGUCAGUCCGGUGAACAGGAUCAACUACCUUGGCCAGGACCUGUACAUACCCACCAUGGAGCAGGAGAAGCCCGUGCACGAGCUGAUCCGCGAGACGCUCAGCGACAUCCAGUACGGCCGGGUGGACCACCCGUGGUCGGUGGCGAUCGACUAGGUCCGCUGAGUGCCCCAGCCCCUCCCCGUACCGUGUAUUAGUAGGACUUAGUUGCCAAGUGCUCUGUGGGCUGCCAAUGUGCUCGAAUUUGUUUCGUUUUUGGUGCAUUUAGCCGUGUGCCUGCGUACACCAAUUUACAUGUAGAGAUAUAUACUUAAUGUAGUAGCUUAAGUCGAGGGCCGAUUCGUUAGGUUGCAUUUAAAUGUAUAUUUAUUUAUUUAUGUCAGCGAUGCAAAUUGUACAUAAUUCCAACUGGUUCAAUGUUAUUUAUAGUUUUCUUUUAAUUUUUUUUUUCAUAUUUUUAACUCUUUUUAUGUAUAUGUUUCCUGAAGCUAUGAAUCGUCUUUUUGCGCUUUUACUUCCAAGCAGCAUCGAAAGCGAAGCAAAAUUACCAACUACAAAUAUUUAGAUUAGGCAAAGGAGGAGAAUUCCCAGAAGGAGUGCGGAAUUGGUUGAAAACGUACCGGAGGCGAAAUGCAUUUAUUAGUCUGUAAGUGAUCGAGACCGAGAUCGAGAUCGAAGCGUUCUUGGAGGUAAAAGCGGCGCGAGAGCAGUGCGAGCUGUGACUAAAGCUAAUCUGAACCUGAACCCGUCAGUAGAACCUAGGCCUAGGCUGUAGAUCCCAACCCGAAUCGAGCUGUAUACCAUACCCGUAGUCUAGGAGCUAAGCGAAUCAUGCGAUGAAUAAACGAUGACAAGUAGUGAA